UAGCACCAUACUCCAAAAUAUACCGAGGCAGACUAUUCAAGCCAGGUAUUAAACAUAAUUUUAUCAGAACACUUUGGACUUGGUGAGGUUUGCCACCAAUUCAACGUAUUAUAAAGCCAAAAUUUCUUCUUCAUUUUAUUUGAGAAGAACCCACAAUGGAAAGGAAUGCGUUUCUGUGUAUCUUGUAUAUUAUGCUGUUGGCAGCUCCUGGUCCCGUUUUGGCCAAUGCACAAACAGAGAGAGAACAGCCAAGAAACAAACGACAGGCCCAGGUUCUUUUACCAAUAGCGUCUUAUGCUGGAAUGACUGUGUCUGCUCCGCUAUUCCUGGCGCUAGUGGCAGCUUACGGAAUGACCCAAGUUACACGAUAUGCAAUUCAAUUGGCGAGGAGUAGAACGAGAGGCCAGCUUUCUUCUUCAGGAGAUCGUCGUAGUCAUAAUUGUGGCGGCUGGUUCCAUGAUGGUUGGUGUAGACCACAAUGUCGAUCAUACGAGUACGAAGAUUGGCGAUCCUCGGCCGUGUGUGGAGGAUGGAAAUGCUGCAAAGUGCGCUAAAAUAAUUUACCGAUGUCAAUAAUAUUGCAGUUUCAAUAGAUUUAAGAUAAAUGAAUUUGUCAGAUUAUAAUUAAUGGAAAACCAAGGUUACCAUAUUUGGACACCGUUUUGUUAAAUAAAUAUGGGCUUCAUUGAACCCUUUAAAAUUA